AUGCUUCGAGCUAGAGCACGUGGACUCGGUGAGCUGGUGGCUGUCUGUCACGUGUUGCUCCAUCGCAGUUCUGAAGAGGAUUCGACUUUGGCUGUCCCACAGACUCGUGCCGUCUACGCGCCGGCCAUUUCCACUUCUUUCAGUUGGCAAAACAAUUUUCUCUUUUCCGAUACGAGUAGUUUCGAGAAUAUCACUUAUUAUUGA